AUGGCGAGAGCCACGAGCCUUGAAUUUACUCCCAAAUAUUAUUUAACUCUUAUUCGUUAUCGCGUCCACUGUUUCAAAUACCGUAGCUACAUAGGCCAGGAGGAGGACUCAGAUAUAUGGUGUUUGGUAGAUACGGAGUUCGUCAAGUCAGUACAAGGAUUCAGUCGCACAGGCUAUGUACCGACAAACAAUGAGGGAUUGUCAUUGUCCAGAUCUGGCGUUAAUGUCGGCUACGGUGUCGACAUCGGCAAUCUCGAUGCAGAAUACUUCCGGGAGUUAGAUGUAUCUGAAGAAACCAUAACACUCUUCGAACCAUACUUCGGGUUAAAGGGAGCUGAUGCUCAAAGUAAAGUGACUGAAGUUCCCUUAGAGUUAACGGAAGAGGAAGCGAUGAGUAUAGGUGACAAGCAUAUUGAACAGCAGAUUACCGAAUUGUCUGAUGUAUAUGACACUGCGUUAGAAUCUAUCGAAGGCGACUUAGACGAAUUCGAAGACUUAACUGUUUCUCAGCGGACCGUGAUUUUCGACGUAUUCUACCAGUACGGCAGCAACCCUGCACGAUUUCCCACCUACUGGCGGUACGUGACAAACCAGCAGUGGGCCAACGCCCUAUCGGAACUUCGGAACUUCGGAGAUAUAUACCCAGAGCGAAGGAUUAAAGAGGCCGACUUGCUAGAGUUUGAUACAGGGUUGAUUUCGGCAUGUUCAGAUGCAACACCAUGGGACUGUCUUAUUAAUAAAGAUUUCAUUCGGCAACAGCAAGGAUUUAGUAGUACGGGGAUCGUGCCAAUUGAUGGUGACGGAGCCCCACUCGAACAAUCAGGUGUGAACGUGGGUUAUGGAAUUAAUAUUGGCGCAAAAGAUGCCUCGUACUUUCAAGCGUUAGGACUUUCUGAAGAUAUCAUAGAGCAACUAGAACCCUAUUUUGGACUAACUGGCACUGACGCGCUGGAAAAGUUGAAUGAAACUCCUUUGGAAAUAGACGACGAAGAGGCUGUUGAUGUCAGUGACAGAGUUCUAAACCAACACAUACAGGAGGUAUCACUUUUGUAUGACACAAGAGUGAGUGAAUUAGGAGGUGACCUACUUGAAUUCGAGGAUCUGUCCAUAGCUCAGAAAACGGUCAUCGUAGACGUUUACUACCAGUACGGUGGACCCCCACAAAAUAGGUUUCCAACGUACUGGGGAUACGUGACUAAUCAAGAAUGGUCAAGCGCUUUAGAGGAGCUGAGAAAUUUCCGCGAUUCUUACCCAGAGCGACGAAACAAUGAGGGAGAUUUGUUAGAAUACGACUCCGGGAAGGUUUCAAGAUGUGUAGAACCAUCGGUGUGGGAUUGUCUAAUUUACAAAGAUUUCAUCCAAAAAAGAGAGGGGUUCGUCAAAGACGGUUACGUUCCAAUGCUUAGCGAUGGUACAGUCAUGGGCCAGUCUGGUGUGCAAUUUGGUUAUGGGAUCAAUCUUGGUGGCCUUGAUGAAGAAUAUUUCCGUAACCUUGGGGUAUCAGAAGAACUCAUUACCCUGUUUAGACCAUAUUUUGGACUUAAGCGAGAUGAAGCCGUGCAAAAAUUGGAAGAGAUCCCGUUAAUAUUAUCAGAGGAGGAUUCGAAGAUGAUCAGUGAUUUGGUAAUGAAUCAACAUAUUGAAGAGGUUGCUGGGUUGUAUGAUGCCAGAGUAGCGGAACUCGGUGAUGCAGAGCUCAAAGUAUUCGCGAACCUAACCGUGGCUCAAAAGACAGUUGUCGCUGAUGUGUUUUAUCAGUACGGUGGUCCACCUACAACAAGAUUCCCCAGAUUCUGGGGUUUCGUAACAAGCCAACAGUGGGAUGAAGCAAUUGGGGAGUUGCGAGACUUCGGUGACGCUUACGCCACUAGACGGAACAAUGAGGCCGAUUUGCUGGAAGGUGACACAAUGGAAGUUUCGCUGUGCCAAGAUGACGACGACGAAGAUGACGAUAACGACGAAAUUGGAGUAUGGGAUUGCGAUGUGGACAAGGCAUUCAUCAGAGGGUUGGAUGACUUUAAUACAAAUGGCAACGUUCCCGUCGAUAACGAAGGCAGCCCACUCACUGACAAAGGAGUGAUGAUUGGUGCAGCAAUUGAUUUAGGAAAUAAAGACUCCGACUAUUUUCGAGAAAGUGGCAUAUCCGAGGAGAUAACAAUGCAGUUAUUGCCAUACCUCGGUCUACGGGGUGUCCUUGCAUACAAUAAAUCACUCGACCAACCCUUGGAUUUGACGGAAAGUGAUGCAAUUGAACUGAGUGACAGAAUUAUGGACAGGCGCAUCGAUGAGAUGGUACGAGAGUAUAACUCACGAAUUGAACAGCUGGGUGGCAGUCGCAAGGAAUUCAGUGAGUUGACCGUAGCCCAAAAAACCGUAAUUGCUUCAGUAUAUUACCAAUAUGGCGGCCCGCCUGUGUUUCGAUACCCCAAAUACUGGGGAUUUGUCACUACGCAAGACUGGGAUGGUGCACUUGCAGAACUGAAGGACUUCCGGGAUAGAUAUCCAACAAGAAGAAACAAAGAAGCGGAUUAUCUAGAGGAUGAUUCAGGAGACACCACGCUGUGUCCAGAACCAACUCGGAAAGCGGUCUCAGUGGGAAGAUGUCAGGCAGAAACCAGCCAUACCCUCAUCAUAUUAAUAUUUGUUACAGUUUUAAUAAUUAGAUUACUCUAAAGAUAUACGGAUACAAAUUAUAUCGCCAUUUUGAGGCAAUAAUCUUAGUCAAUAUGUGUCUGGUGCAAAAUAAUAUAAUAAUUGCGAGCUCAUAAAUGAAAAUAACUUACUUUGUUGUGUAAUUAUUAAUGUUUUAACAAUAUAUAUUCAAAAAUGCUCAUUUAGUGUUGCUAUGGUGAUGAUACCUUAUAGUUUCUAUUUUUAUAUAAUAAAUGAUUAUGGUAUUGUAAGAA